UUGAAACUUGCAGGAAAAAGGAGAACACGCGAAGCGUGAUCGUUGAGGGAACGACAUCGAAAGAGGAGGAAAAGCCACGAGGGCCCACGAGGAGACUGAAGAAGAGCGAUUUCCCGCGAGACUGCCGGGGGUUGUUGCCCAGCCCCGGAGCGGACAUCAGGCCCGGAUGUUCGCAAGGACGAGACGCCGGAAACGCUGCCACGUUGGAAGGGAAAAUAUUGACGGCCGUCAACAAGUUCCUUACGACAUCCCCUUUGGUUAACAAAGUCAAGUUACUGAUGACGAGACAGAGUAGCGGGACGGUUGGUAGCAACGAGGAGCAGGAAGGGACAAGUAGCUGUUCCCCGAGGACGUCGACAGCCACGACGAUAACGAUGACGAUGACAACAACGCCGACAACGCCGACGUCUACCAUGACAGCCACGUCGAUGGCGCUGCCAUUCGUGGCCAUGGAGUCAGAAGCAUCGGUAUCGUCCGCGAUGGAGCAACAGCAUCGGUGGUCACUGCAACGGGAUCGACCAGAACCCACCGGUUCCACGAUCGCCGCCACGUGCUCCAAGUUCUUCCCGGCUUCCUCGUCCACGGAGACCAGCAGACUAUCCGCGAACGUACUCUUCUCUCUGCCUGCAUCCCCCAAGAGAUCGGCUCCUAUUUCGUCCACUAAGACGCCUUCUAUUUCCAAGUCUCAAAUGAAGGAAUUCAGAGAGGCUUUCAGGCUAUUCGACAAGGAUGGGGAUGGAAGUAUCACGAAAGAGGAACUUGGCAGAGUGAUGCGCUCGCUCGGACAGUUCGCAAGGGCAGAAGAGUUGCACACGAUGCUGCAAGAGAUCGACAUCGACGGAGACGGGAACGUCAGCUUCGAAGAGUUCGUGGAAAUCGUGAGCAACAUCGGUGCUAGUGAAACCGCCCCUACGGACCAAGAUCAGGAGGAACAGGAGCUGAGGGAUGCAUUUCGGGUGUUCGACAAACAUAAUCGAGGCUACAUCACCGCGUCAGAUCUCAGGGCAGUGCUGCAGUGCCUCGGGGAGGACCUGUCAGAGGAGGAAAUCGAGGACAUGAUCAAGGAGGUGGAUGUGGACGGGGAUGGCCGAAUCGAUUUCUAUGAAUUCGUUCACGCACUCGGGGAACCAGGGAUAGAGGACGACGAAGAGGACGACGAGGAGGACGUGAUGUCGCCGGGCUACUAGGAUUUUACCUAUUCUCGUGUCUGUGUUAGAUAGAACGAAUUAAAGAUGAAUCGAAUCGCGCGAAUUACAAAGUUCAUCGCGUCUUUAACCCUCUGACAUUCACUCGCGCGUCGCGACUAACCUUGGAAACGUCCAGAUUUAUAAAUUUUCGUUCGUCGAGUAACACUUUGAAAUUCGCGCAGACGCGCAAGAUGGUUACGCUUUGUGCCAAGAGGGUGUGCCACCCUCUGCACCGACGGAACUCUGAGCGAUAUAUCUCGACUCCCGUGACGCUCGUUACUUUCGGUCAAUGUCAGAGGAUUUCGAAAAGCCCUAAUCGCACCUACCGUCUAAGAUCCGUAGAUACGAUGCUUGAUGCGAUUUUAUGUCACUUCGGUUCCAAAUCUUUCAUCGAUAGAGAUCGAAAUUGAACGUAAAAGUCUGUGUUGACAAGAAGAAGGGUGAAAAGUGACAUAAAAUCUCAACAAGCUGUUCUUUAAACUUCCUUCGUUAACUGUGUAUCUACGUGUUCGGCGGAUUUCCGGGAAGAGAUCGGCGAGCGAGCUUUUUUUCUUUCCAAUUGGAAACGAUGAGAUUUUGAAUAACGAAAGAAGGGUUUAUAAGAACGCUUCUGAGCUUCGCUUGCCGAAUCAACCGGAAUCGAUUUCUUCUAAGAUAUGUGGAUUUUUUCGAUUUUACUCUCUUUCUCGAAAUCUAACCUAUCGAUAAGUCACGUUGUAUUUCACACCUAAAAUCACUGUAACGUAAGAAAACAAGCACCGCAGCAACACUCGAUCGAUUGCACUGCGACGUCACCGAUCGAUCGGCGAGUGAUCGAUCGAAGACCAGCUUCUCCACGGGUUUGGAGAACGGAGACAAAAUAAGCGUUGACACGAUUCUUACUCGCGCUUUGGCACUAUUUGAAAUCUCUCGAAUGUCCUUCUUUGAGAUUUUUCUUCGGGGUUCACUGAGAUAACGGAGCCUCGAGACCGCGGGGAAGGUUGAACGACUAUUUUAAAAUCGAUCUUGAUCGCUUCGCCCUCCUUGAGCUUCGUACUGUGUACCUUGUAAACGAUAUUUCACUGUUACGCCGUAAAUAACAAGAGCCGCACGCUGUUUCAAAUAUUUUAAAGGGUCUAAUAAAUCUAAUAAACGAUAAAGGUUUCACUGGUUGUUAAUGUUUUUCUCCUACUGUUCCUUCCUGUGUUACUCGAUAUGGAAUUAGCUUCCUCCUCCUAAUCGAUUCAGCACCUACACUCUAAUUUACCCUGCGUUUCGAUGAAUAAUUUUUCCUUUCUGCAUAUUAUUUUUUAUACAGUAGACUGUCGUUAUAUUGUCAUCAAAGAACAGGUCUGAAUGAAAGAAACAUGUGACAAACUUAACUUGUAGUACAAUUAAUAGAUGUUUAUGUAACACGUUAGAAAUUUAGAAAUUUCACAUGUUAGAAAUUUAACGCAUAGUAGUUUCAACGUGUAAAGAUCUAACACGUGAUAAACGCAUUUCUAUAAACGCAUAGAAGUAUGCAUGGCGAAUCUAACUUAUGGUAAUUGAAAACCUUGUAAUCCAUCGCGUAGAAAAUUGAAUUCAUGAUAAUAUAACGAGUGAAGAUCUCACACGUGGAAAUUCAACGCAUGCUAACUUGAAGAUGUCCGUUCAUCUAUAAAAUGGCGGGAAGCGCCGGUAGCCACGAAAGUUUACGACAACCCAACUUGAAGAUGUCCCUAGACCUCCAUUUAUAAAAUGGCGGGAAGCACCGCCGGCAAAGGUCCAUAUAAAGGCAAUAAAGAAACUUUAAAUAUGUCUAUUAUAACAAAUGUACCAAUAAAUAAACAUUGCAACAAUAAACGAAUCCAUCUGCAUUUCCCUCCAAUUUCUUGAAAAAGGAAUGAAAGAAUGAAACACCUCGGUUUUCUUAAACGUUCAGUUUUAUUAGCGAUAAAUAAACUUACAUAUCUUUACAGUAACAACGUCCUCUCGUAACUCUCGGAAAAUAUGGUAAUAUCUAUCCGCGAAAAUCCACAUAGAUCAAGACUUCCAUUCUCUGUUUCGCGUAAUGUUUCCUGAUGUUCCUAGUGAUGUUAUUGUUGUAGCUGAAACGUCCGGCGACGAACGGGUCUUUUAGAAAAAUUCAG